UGAGCGACUAGGUCUCUUCAAAUGGAACGUGAACUCACUCCAAACACCUCGACAGCUUCAACCAAGAGAAAUGCCAUCAUUCGACGAAGUCAUCGCCGUUCAUCCCAUCUCCUCAUCGUCCGGAUUAACCACAUUCUCCGCCCAUCUCUCCACCAACUGGACAAUUGGCAAUGCCCCUCUCGGCGGCUACCUCGUCGCCAUCGUUCUCAAUGCCCUGAAAACGCAUAACGUCUCUGUCACGGGUGACAAGCACAAAGAUUGUUUUCAUAUCAAUGUCACCUUCUUGAACAAGCCCGAUGCGGGGAGGGACGUGGAGAUCACAGUGAAAGACGUGAAGAGGGGCCGGACUUACGCCGUAUGUUCUGUGGAGAUGUGGCAGGAGAAGCGACAUAUUCUUACGACUCUCUCGACGCACUCGUCCUUUUCCGCCGAAAAAGGCCCAACGUACCCUCAACAUUCUCUCGCGCCAUUCACACUAUUUAAGGAUUGUCACCCCAUCACAACUACAUUGGGCCCCGUUAAAAGGCCGGCAAUUGACAACAUAGAGAUCUGCGUCGAUCCCGCUAUCGAAGAACUCAAGCGCACCGAGCGUCUACAAUGGAUUCGCCUGGUUAACGAACCGUCUCGGCCUAUCGAUGAACCCGUCGUCGCAAUGUUCGCCGAUUGCUUGAGCGUACCCCCGCCAUACCUGCACGGACAACUCGGCGAAGGAAAGGUGGCCUGGUUUCCAACGCUCACGCUCGAGAUACAAUUUCGGGCGCCGACAUCGCUUGAUCCGCAGUGGAUACACAUACACUACAUCGCGAAGAUGGUGAAGAAUGGGCGGUUCGAUAUCGAUGUCGAGGUGAGAGACGAGAAGGGGGAGGUAUUGGCGUUGAGCAGACAUUUGUGCACCAUUGUUGAUGCGGGGAAGGUUGGGCAUGCGGAGGGGAAAGUGACGGCGAAGAUUUAAAGAGGUCUACGGGUAGAAUGCGUGAAGGAGGAGG